AUGGAUCGUAGUUGGAUGAAAGCUAAUCGUUUAGGUGCAGAGUUCGAAAAUGGAAUGGAAGAGUUUUUUCAAUAUGCUCGUGAAAAACUUCCUAAUAAUAAUAGGUUUUUUUGUCCUUGUGUUAAAUGUUUAAAUAGAGCGCCACAACUUUUAAUAGAUGAAAUACGAAAUCACCUUGUUUGUGAGGGUAUUUGCGAAAGUUAUACCAAUUGGAUAUGGCACGGUGAACCGUCAAAAGACAUGCAAAGUGCGCCGGAAAGGGAGGUAGUUGAUGUAGAUAUGGACUGUCGGUUAGAGGAUAUGAUUAAUGAUAUUGGACCCGAGUAUUUUCAACGUGCUCAUAUGUACGAUAGUUUGCGCGGUGACAAUGAAGAGCCGUUGUAUCCGGGAUGCACUAACUUCACACGGUUAUAUGCGGUGUUGAGAUUAUUCAACUUGAAGGCAAGAAAUGGAUGGACGGAUAAAAGUUUUACUGAACUACUAGAGUUGUUGUGUGAAAUGCUCCCUGAAGGUAACAAAUUGCCAAAUCGUAACUAUGAGGCAAAGAAGAUAUUGUGUCCGAUGGGUAUGGAGUACAAGAAAAUACAUGCAUGCCCUAAUGAUUGCAUAUUAUACCGAAAUGAGUAUGAAGAAUUGAAGGAUUGUCCCACAUGCGGGCAAUCACGUUUCAAAUUGAAGGAUGAUGAUUUGAAUAGUGAUGAAAACACAAAGCGUCCUCCUGCAAAGGUGUUGUGGUAUCUUCCAAUAAUUCCAAGGUUUAAAAGAUUAUUUGCUAAUGCAAACGAUGCCAAGAAUAUUAGAUGGCAUGCGAUUGAGAGGGAACGUGACGGACAACUUCGUCAUCCAGCUGAUUCUUUGCAAUGGAAGAAAAUUGAUGAUUUGUAUCCGGAUUUCGGUAAUGAGGCAAGAAACCUUAGGCUUGGACUUGCGACAGAUGGAAUGAACCCAUAUGGAAACUUAAGCAGUAUUCAUAGUUCAUGGCCUGUUCUAUUAAUUAUCUAUAAUUUGUCUCCUUUAAUUUGUAUGAAACGAAAAUAUAUUAUGUUAUCUAUGAUGAUUUCGGGCCCAAAGCAGCCAGGAAAUGAUAUAGAUGUUUAUCUAAGUCCUUUGAUUGAAGACUUGAGAAUGCUCUGGGAGGAAGGUGUUGAUGUGCUUGAUGGGUAUUCCAACGAGAAUUUCAAGAUGCGUGCAAUGUUAUUUUGCACUAUCAAUGAUUUUCCUGCAUAUGGAAAUUUGUCCGGUUAUAGUGUUAAAGGACAUAAGGCAUGCCCUAUAUGUGAAGAGAAUACAUGCUUCCAACAAUUAAAAAAUGGAAAGAAGACAGUUUACCUUGGGCAUCGAAAAUUUCUCAAACCUAAUCACCCAUAUCGCAGGUUAAGAAAGGCGUUUAAUGGAGACCAAGAAAAUGGAAUUGCUCCACAAGCCUUAACUGGAGAGGAAGUUUUUGGACGGGUCCAGGAUGUCAAUAUUCUAUUUGGAAAGCACGAACAACAAACGACUGAUACAAAUAUAUGGAAGAAAAGGUCGGUGUUAUUUAAUCUACCUUACUGGUGCAAUCUAGAUGUUAGAUGA